AAGUGGUGGAUUUUAGACAUUUCAACUUUUUAAUGAGCAUAAAUGCUACCAUGGUUUAUUGUAGUGUUACAUACAUACAUACAUUACAGUGUUACUGUUAUAGUACAGUAAGUGUUUUUGUGUUUUACAGUCGACGGUGAAAGGAAGGGAGGGUUGAGUGUGGAUGCUGGUAUUUGUGUGUGUGUGUGCAUGUGCCACAGUAGAGCCCCAUCUCUGCUAAAUGCUGUUUUCAAGCAUAAUAAUGUUGAUCUCAGCACAUGCCUGCUGGGCAGGGGAGCGAGCAGGUGAGACACAGAGACAGGGCUGACGCUGGGGCAGAGAGAGAGGGGCCGAGCCACAGGUGGCCUGAACUGUACUACGGCCAGCAGCUAAAGCAAACUAUCUGUCUGGAUUAGAGGCAAAAAAUGUUGGACUGGCUUGACUGAUCUGGGUGGCGAAUUAACUUAAAGAUGUCCUGCCAAGCAUUUCAUCCGAAAGAUAUGUGCGGACACCCUGGAUGUCGAGCAUAGUCUUGCUGCUGUUUGUGCGUUUGUAGGGUUUUUAAGCUUGGACCUGUACUUUCUUCAUUGGCUUGAGAACUUGAAGCAUGGGUGACUGGAGCUUUCUGGGGCGGCUGCUGGAGAACGCUCAGGAGCACUCAACAGUCAUCGGCAAGGUCUGGCUGACUGUCCUCUUCGUCUUCAGGAUCCUGGUGCUGGGGGCCGCGACUGAAGAGGUUUGGGGUGACGAGCAGUCUGACUUCACCUGCAACACUCAACAACCUGGUUGCGAGAACGUGUGCUACGACGAGGCCUUCCCCAUCUCGCACAUCCGCUUCUGGGUGCUGCAGAUCAUCUUUGUCUCCACGCCGACCCUCAUCUACCUGGGCCACGUGCUUCACAUCGUCCGCAUGGAGGACAAGCGGAAAGAGAAGGAGGAAGAAAUGCGCAAAGCAAACAAGUUCCAUGAGGAGAAAGAACUCCUUUAUAGAAACGGUGACGAUGCAGGGGGAGGUGGAAAGAAAGAAAAGCCCCCAAUCAGGGAUGAACAUGGCAAAAUCCGUAUCAGAGGUGCGUUGCUGCGCACUUAUGUGUUCAACAUUAUUUUUAAGACCCUGUUUGAAGUGGGUUUCAUUUUAGGCCAGUAUUUCCUUUAUGGUUUCCAUCUGAAGCCCCUGUACAAGUGUGCACGUUGGCCCUGCCCCAACACUGUUGACUGCUUCAUAUCCAGGCCAACCGAAAAGACCAUUUUCAUUUUAUUUAUGCUUGUGGUGGCUUGCGUGUCUCUUUUGCUGAAUAUGUUAGAAAUCUAUCACCUUGGCUGGAAGAAGGUUAAAAAAGGAAUGAGGAAUAAGUUUGUCCCUUAUCAUGAGUCGCUGCGCCAUGUUGACAUUGCAGAGCCAGAGUGUUUGGCCUCGGCUUCCAGAACUGCCCCAUCCAGCCUCAGCUACCCUCCUAACUACACAGAUGUGACGGCGGGCAGUGGAGCUUUCCUGCCACCUAUGGACCCAGCUGCUUUGUCCUCAGCAGAGGAAAUGGAGGCUCUCCACCAGGAGGAGUCUAUUCACCAGGCCCCCCCCUCCUCCCACUACUACAUCAGCAACAACAAUAACCACAGGCUGGCCACACAACAGAACUGGGCCAACCUGGCCACCGAGCAGCAGACUCGGGAGAUGAAUGGCACGUCCCCAUCUCCAUCAGCCUCUUCCUCCACCAGCAACAAAAACAAGUACCAGCAGCAGUCAACUGAUACUGUUGCACUGCUGUAUGCCAGCAGCAGCACAACCAGCGAUGCAGCCACCAGUGGCGGCAGACCCGGCUCUCCCUCCAACGCAGACAUCUGGGGUUCAGGGAGGAGCAUGCAGGAAAAAGGCCACAUCACCACCACUACAGUAGAGAUGCACGAGCCACCAGUAACAGUUCGCACAGACCCGCGACGGCUCAGCCGCACCAGCAAGAGCAGCAGCAUCAGGACCAGGCCGAGCGACCUGGCUGUCUAAACAUCUUUGUUCCUAAACCCUCCUUCUUAAACAACCUAGUCCCUCCAACCCCACCCACAUUCAGAGGUAAAUCCAAAUUACUAAAUCGAGCAUUCUCAUCAAUCAAAAACAAGAAGAACACUGACAGAAAAGAACAUAAGAGGCAUAAAAGGAAACAGAUGUGAAAGGAUUUCACCAACCCAGAAAUUCUGACUGAGUGCUGUUGGUGAGUUGCUGAGACAAAAGUUCUUUUUCUGGGGGAUUCUGCACUCGUGAGAGGGAGUUAGGAAUGUUGUCAUGCAGUUUCAUGUUCAAAAGAAGACCUUUCCACAACAUGCUGACUUUAAGGGAAGAGAUCUCCCCAUGUUUCCUAGCUUUUUUUUCUUCUCAAUGAACAUUGAACAUUUAUUGUAAUUUAAAGCCACCAAGUGUCAAAUAGUUAAAUUCUUAUUUUUUUAUUACAUGCAGGAUAAGCACAAAAAUCUGAAAUUAAUGUACAUAGAGUUUUUUUCACCCUCUGCAAAGCAGGUUUCGUAGCUAUGCCAAAUGUAUAUCAUCCACAAUCAAAGUAAAUUUAAUUUAUUAUUUUCUUGGUUAUUUUUGACAACUUGCCCACCAUUCAGCGACUGCUUUACGUGCCAAAGUUAGACCUGUAAUAUUUUGCUAUACUUCCAAGAGCAUAAAUAUUUGUGAUUGGGAGUGAAUGAUAAGAAUGAUGCAACAGGGAUGCAGUAGGGUUACAAUUGCUGGAUGGGGUCAUUCCUGAGAGACCCAGAAUCCACCUGGCUGUUUAUGAGCAUGUCAGUAAAAGAAAAAGUGAGGCGAAUAGAAUCCCCUUCAUGUCGGCCUCUGUUGCUUUUCAGUCAGCAAAUGUCAACAAAAUAAGGCUUUCUGACCGGAUUUAGCUUAAAAAUGAAGCCAUCCUUUUAAGAGACUCGGGGUGCUCCCUGUACAGGCAGUCACUCAGUACUUGAUCAUGAAAUGUUUAGAACUGUUGCUGACCAUUAAACCAGAAAUCCCCUUUAAAGUCACAUGUAAAGACCCAGAGUGGCAAACUUUUCUUUCCCCAGAUAACAUUUUAAGAGCACAUGCAAUAAUUCAACAAGUGAUUUAAAAAAUAAAAAAGUAUAAUUCCAUUUUUUAAUCUCAUACUUGUAUCAGUUUGUGUUUGCAAAUCGUUGAUGACACAAAGCACAGCUGUCACUUCACCUUUCACAAAGCAGCAGCGCCCUGACUCUUUCUAUUGUGUCGCGUUUAUGAUACUUAGACAACUCUUAUGCAAAUAACUAGACUGGUCAGCUCUGUCUGUUUUGUGUUACUGUCCUAUUUGGUCAAUCUCAACCCUGACAAUCUCAAUUUAACACUAAUUUGCAGUUUCAAACACUCAAGAAAAGACAAAAGUGCCUAACUAAUGCAUGAACACUCUAAACCGCACAGUUUUACAUUUAUACUUUUUUGUUUUAAAAUUGUAAACCAAAGAAUAGACAUUUGCUCAUAUUUUCCACUUUGAAGUGGAAAACACUAUCACCCACCGGGUGAUAGUGUUGUGGUACUAUAAGAGAAUGUGUACUCACAUAAGUGUUUUAUCUGACCACAGCUGCUUUCAGGACUUUCAGGGGAGACGCAAUGAUGCCAACACAAAGCUGAAAGGAACUAUUCGCUUUUAUUUUUGAAUCCUGAAGUUUACAUUCUAAAAUCUGGGAGAAAUUUGCACUUUUGAGGACAAGUGUUGUUCUGAAAUUUCUGUUAGAGACAUAAAUAUAGAAGAUGGUGCCAAAGUGCAAACUCAUGACACUCAAAGGCAAAUUAAGUCUUAACUGAAUAUGACAUUGCUUGUUACAGAACAGUAGCUUUAACAAGGAUACGUGAGCAUCUUCAGUCCAAAUGAAGGACUAAUCAUGAUGAUGAUGAUGAUGAUGAUGAUGAUGAUGAUGAUGAUGAUGAUGUAAAAGGGCUUUUUAAUAAUAUGAAAUAAAAAUGACUGUUCUUCCCCAUCAACACUUAGGGUAAAAAACAUGCACAGUUGGGAGAAUGUUAGUUGGGUAGCUGGCCCUUCCCUAACCCUGCAGCCUUGACAGGAUGCAGUGUGCAAAGGCCCAUCAGUAUCAGUGAAUUGUCUGAACUGUCCUGUUUCAUGCAGAGCAUGAUCUACUGAAUCCUCUGGGUGUAGGAACCAUCAUAAAAUGCUCACAACAACCAGUUUUCAGUGCUGUCUUAAAGCAGAGAAGUGCCUUGUGAAUGAAUGAUUCUUCUGUGAGAACAAGUUGAUGUAAAUGUUCAUUUACCUCAAAUGUUUACAAAGUGUUAAUAAAUACAUUUUUUGUACCAUA